AUGCGUCCUCAUCGGCCGCUCCCCUUACAUAGCCUCGCCAUCCGCGACGCGGUUUUUCUCCCUCGCUCUCAUCUUAUUCCGCUUGCUAUCGUCUCCUGCGGCCCUGUUUCCACGCCCCGGGCCUCUCUAAUACUUUAUUCCCAAAACUUCCACCGAUCAUACCUUGGAGCGUACCCGCCUCCGCGACAUUCCCUGGCCGCCACGAGCCGAGACCGAUAUACGUACAUAUACACACGCGUGGACGAUGCCAGUGGAGCACGAGAUGGUCGGCGGGCCGCUGUGGCGCUACCGGCUGUUCGCAUACCAGCCGUCGGUGCAGCUGGAGGUGUUUUUCGCGGUGGCGUUUUUCUGCACGGUGGUGCUGCACACGGUGCAGCUGUUCCAGACGCGCACGUGGUGUUUCCUGCCGUUCGUGUUGAGUGUAUCGGCUUUGUGAGCCGGGCGCUGCUGGUCAACGACGGCGUCUCCGGGUGGCACGUGGGGCUGGACGUGGGCCAGACGCUGCUGCUCCUGCUGGCCCCGACGCUCUUCGCGGGCUCGCUGUACAUGGUCCACACCCGGAUCGUCCGGCUGACGGGCGGCGAGGCGCACUCGGCGGUGCCAGUGCGGUGGCUGACGAAGCUGGGGACGUUCAUGCUGUUUGUUGUGCAUGGGCUGGUGUUCUAUGUGCGGAUGGGGCGGCGGCCGACGAUGGGCUCGGAGACGGCGAAUACGAGCUGGCGGCGGCACCUGCGGCUGGUGGUGGUGGCCAGUGGGCUGAUCCUGGCGCGGGAUGGCUUCCGGCUGGCGGAGUAUCUCCUGGGGCCGGGCGGGGUGCUGCGGCAGAGGGAGAUCUUCACGAUCCUGCUGGACUCGGUGCUCAUGUUCCUGUGCAUGCUGCUCUUCAACCUCUUCCACCCCUCCACCGCCCUCGCCGAGCAGGCCGAGCACCCCGCCGAAAUCCCGGUGCUUGGCGAGCGCGGGGUGGAGAAGGAGCCGUUUGUCAUCUAG